AUGCCUGAUCCAUGCGACUGUGAGAGUCCGCCCACGGAGCUCGUGCUCUGCUUUGACGGAACGGGCAAUACAUUUCGCGCUGAUGGUGCUGAAAGCAAUGUCCUCAAGAUCUUCAGUAUGCUGGAUCGGAAGAAAGGAAACAGAUUUUGUUACUACCAGCCGGGCAUCGGAACCGACAUCACCCCCAGUAGCUUCACCAACGUCGCCCUUCGACCACUCCCGACACACAAAGUCUUUGAUUCCGCCCUGGCUACCUCGUUCGACCAGCACGUCAUCGGCGGAUAUCGCUUCCUCGCCCGUCGCUGGGUGGCCGGCGCUCGCAUCUACCUGUUUGGCUUCUCCCGUGGGGCCUACACGGCACGGUUCCUGAACGAAAUGCUCGACUUUGUCGGUCUGCUGUCGGCGGACAACGAGGAGCUGAUCCCCUUUGUGUGGCAGGCCUUUACCGCGUGGAAGUUCGCAUCCCCCGGCAAGGAAAGGGAGGACGCCGAGGCCAGUCUGCGCAUCAGUCGCGAUACCCUGUGUCGGUCCAUUGGAUGGGUGCAUUUCCUGGGUCUCUUCGAUACCGUUAACAGCGUCGCCGAGUUCAACUGGGACUUCACCAAGUCUAAUCCCAUCCAGCCGAACCCGCGGACCAUGCGUCAUGCCGUGAGCAUCGACGAACGUCGCAUCAAGUUCCAGCCUGUUCUCUUCCAGGAGGUCCGGGGUCGUUGUGGUGAGACUCACAUCCCGCGCGUGAGUACGUGGGCUGCUCGCUCGGAGCCCGAUCUCCUCAGCCAGGUGCCCUUCCCUCUGAAUCCGGACUUCGAGGAGGUCUACUUCGCCGGCGAUCACUGCGACGUCGGCGGCGGAUGGCCCAUCGACAAAUGGGCCACUCAUAGAUGGCCCGUCAGUCAGAUCCCGCUGAUGUGGAUGGUGCAGGAGGCUGCCCUGGCUGGACUCACAUUUGAUCAUGAUCAUCUGAAGCGGCAUGGAUGUCAUGAUCCGUUCGCGGAGGAUUAUGACUCGGAGAUCGUACGGACGGCAGAGAGCGCGCCCCUGCACGACUCACUGAACUAUUCGGACCCCGGAAAGACGGUGGAGACCCUGUUCUGGCGUGUCCUCGAGUGCAUGCCUUUCAAACGUGCCAAGGUGGCGCCCGAUGGGUCGGUGCAAGACAGUAGAUGGCAUAUGCCCGGUCUGCGACGUCCAUUGCCUAACGGGGCGAAGAUUCAUGGUAGUGUCAUUAAUCGUCUACGUAAUGAUCCUGACUAUAGGCCGUAUAAUCUGGGACUCGGUAAUAAACCGAACACCAUGCAUCGGCGCGCAGAGUAUCGCGAGAUUGGACGCUGGAGGAUGGUGGAGGAUGAGACAUCGCUGAACAGUUCUCGAAAGGGGUCGCGAAAGACGUCACCCAUUGCUCAGUUUACGGGCUUACGGGAUUACUAUUUUCGAGUCUUGGAGACCGAUCCCACGAUAGAUGAUAAUCAGGAUCGAGAGCAGCGGAAGCAGGAGCAAGAGCAAGGACCGUCGGGUUGGAGGGGACGUGCACAAGCCAUAUAG